CGAAGUAAUAACGGACUGUCUGAUAGGUUGGCCGGUCUCCCACGAGGGGUCGCGAGCAAAAGAUUUGCAAAAGGGUUUAUUGUUUCUUUGCUUUCGGGAGCUGAAAUUGUUUCCUACCCUCAGUUCUUCAAUCUAAUUUCCAGACGAAAACAAUGGCUGGUGGUAAGGCAGGAAAAGACAGCGGGAAAGCCAAGGCGAAGGCAGUGUCGCGCUCCCAGAGGGCUGGGCUGCAGUUCCCAGUGGGUCGUAUCCACAGACACUUGAAGACUCGCACAACCAGCCAUGGUCGUGUUGGAGCCACAGCAGCUGUUUACAGUGCUGCCAUCCUCGAGUACCUCACUGCUGAAGUACUAGAGUUGGCAGGAAAUGCCUCCAAAGACUUGAAAGUGAAGCGUAUAACUCCCCGUCACUUGCAGCUGGCAAUCCGUGGUGAUGAGGAGUUGGAUUCUCUUAUCAAAGCAACAAUUGCUGGUGGAGGUGUCAUCCCCCACAUCCACAAAUCCCUUAUUGGGAAGAAGGGCCAGCAGAAGACUGCAUAGGCGCCACGUUGACCGGAUAUUUGGGGGCUUGGGCUUUGUUUGGACCAGGAGUUCAUGUUUUGUUCUUUUCUAUUAUUAAUAUUAUAGCAAACGAAGAGUGAUUGUUAGACUUUGUGUUGGUAUAUUUCUCCCGUAAAUAGAUAAGUACAGAAAAUCCCUUAACAGCAGUAAACCCUUUUUUUUAUGUCAUUGUAGACUGUUUGACUGGAGAGUUCAUGAUUAUUGAAAUGGACAGUGAAUUUGUUCGAUUGGCUUGGAUAUAUGUGAUGUUUUAUACUGAAAUUGUUUAAAAAAAGUCUUUGGUAUAAAAAAAAAACUUGUUUUGUGGUUAUUUUUUUCUUAAAGUUACAAUAUUUCCUAACCUGUUUUUUAAAGACUCUGAGUUUUGGAGGUUUAAUUGGGCCACAGCAGGUAAAUGUGACCUUUUUCUUCCCUUUUCAAUUAAUGUAAUAUUUUUUUAACUGCACAGAGAUACUGGUUUUGAAAGUUUUUUUUUGCAUCAAAAUAUCAAACAAGUACUGUACCAGUCUAUACAGUGUUUUUUUUUUUCUUCUUUUUUUCUCUCUUUGUAAAUGUUUACAGUGUUCUAAAGCUUGUUAAACUUGAAAAUACGUAUUGACAGAUGUGAUCACGAAACACUGACCCAACAGUGUUUUGUUUUUUUUGUUUUUUUCUUUCUCGCUCUGGAACAAAAAGGUUUUGUUUUUUCUUUACUGCUGAUGUCUGACGGUGAAGCUGACAGCCGAGAUAUUGGUGAGAAUUUUAACCAAGAUUAAUUGCAUUUUUUUUAUGUAUUGGCAGACCGAACUGUCCUCAUAUGUCCAUUUCAUUUUUUUUUUCUUACAAGUUGAAGCGUUUUCUAAUACUUGCGUGUUCAGGACAAUGACUGCAUAUUUUAUCUUUUAAUAAAUAUCCUUGACAUGUUCA